AUGGAUGAUGAAAAUCUCGAGUCAGGUAUUGUGGGACAUUCUGGUAUACUUGUAAGCCCAAAAGAUUGUGAACCACAACAGCCAAUUGAAACUCCCUUGAAUACAGUACAGCGAUUAGCAUGCAAACCCACUGCAACAAUGCGUCAGGGACGUUCAUCCCCAAGACGAAUAACAAAGGACUCUAAAGAGGUUAUAGUUUUAGGUGUACAAGAGCCUGAUGUUUCAAUUUCACCUAAGAAAAGAGGAAGACCUCGUAAGCAAGCUAAGCUAAAUGGUGGUUGUGAGAUUCCCGACAUUAAUAGUAAUAAUGACAAAUAUGAUGAUAAUGAUAAAAAUUCAAGCAAAAACCACACUCCUGUAGAUCCACCGAUAUCACCUAGGAGGAAAUUAAGAAUUAUAGAGUCUACUUCUCCCAUAAAGCAGGUACAAGCUAGACGUAGUGGCACUGAUGAUACGGAUGCCGGAGAUGACUGUAACAUAGAAAGCUUUGCUACAGCAGUAACAACUCCGUUUAAAUCUCCACGAUGUCAAUUAACUUUUAACUCUCCUACUAAAUCUCCUACUAAUUCGAAGCAUUCCGAUAUGGUAUUGCCGCAAAGUCACCGAAGCAUAAAGCUGGAUCGUGAUUUUGUCCCUACUCCGGUUCCAAACAACUACAAACUGCCUGAUGACAGGAAUCUGACCUAUUUCUUUGAUGGCUUUGAAGGUUACAUAGAUCAAAAGAAACCUUUAAGGGCACAUAAAAAGUCGCGAAGCUCAAUGGUGAUGGCGCAGGCAACUUCCAAGGAGGAAUUCUCAUUGCUAAGUAGCGCUUUGAACCCGUACUUACAUAACACGCCCCGGUUGGCGUUAAAGUCCCUACAACGUAAACUAUUUCCGCAAUACUGGUUUGAAGUGCUUCAAGGCUUCACCUUGUUGUUCUAUGGGAUCGGUUCGAAAAGGCAAUUCCUCGACGAGUUUGUUGUGGAAUAUUUAUCUCCCAAAUUAAGUCUUCAAUAUGAUGAAAACCUGAACUAUGACCCCGAUGCUGAUGUCAUGGGGGUUCCUGUGGUAGUAAUAAAUGGCUACAAUCCUACAUGUGGAUACAGAGAUUGCUUCCAAAGCAUAGCUGAUAUCAUGCUUCCAGAGGAACUUAGUCGCUCAGAAACGAAAUACUGGAAUAACCAUGUUCACUUACAAAUCCAAAAAAUGAUCAACUACUGGGCCCACGAAUCCCCAGAGGUUCGAUUAAUAGUACUGGUUCAUAACCUAGAUGGCCCUAUGCUGAGAAAAGAUGCGUUUCAACUCAUGUUGAGCUCUCUCGCAAGAAUUCGCCAAAUUGCAAUUAUCGCAUCGAUAGACAAUAUUAAUGCUCCUUUGCUUUGGGAUAGCCUUCGUUCCCAAACUUACAAUUUUGUCUUCCAUGAUAUUACCAAUUACGACAACUAUUCUAUUGAAACGACCUUUCAAAAUCGUGUUAACCUUCGUAACUCAGAAGUACAGGCUGGUGGUAUUGACGCAGUUAAAUACGUCCUGGAAUCACUUACCGUGAAUUCAAAAAGACUUUUCAAGCUCUUACUUCAGACAAUCAAAGAUACUAUGGAAGCGGCAAAACGAAUCAAGCUUACGGAUUCUAGGCGUGCGGGAACCGCGUUCGGUGUGCCGUUCAAGUCAUUUUAUCAAUCAUGUGCUUCACAAUUUAUAGCCUCAAAUGAACUGUCAUUAAGGGCUAUGCUGCGAGAAUUUAUUGAACAUAAAAUGGCACACAUGGCAAGUGAUAAAACAGGACAAGAAGCUAUCUAUAUCAAUUAUACAUUUGGUGAAAUCAAGACUUUACUGUCUGAGAUUCUAGCAGAUAUAUAG